GCCGACAUGACGGCACGCGACGGCGAGAGCCGCACGCCGCUGCACCACGCGGUCAUCCGGGGUCACGUGGGGGUGGUGGACCUUCUGCUGGCCCGCGGCGGCCCCGGCCUGCUGCUGGCAAAGGACAUCCUGGGCUGCACGCCGGUGCAUCUGGCGGCGGUGCAGAACCAGGUGGCGGCCAUUGACGCGCUUAUCAGCUUGGGGUGCGAAGCAGUGGUCCCCGAUGCAGUGGGGUCCACCCCCAUCCAUGUGGCGGCAGGGGAGGGCCACCUGGAGGCCAUACAGGAGCUUGUGCGGCUGGGGUGCAGCUCACAAGGUGCAAGCGGCAUGCGCUGCCUGCGCCAGCAUUUCACGCCGCUGCACUCGGCGGCCAACGGCGGCCACGUGGCCGCCAUCCGCAGCCUGGCGGCCCUGAGCCACGGCCUGGAUGCCCGCGACUACCUGGGCCGCACGCCGCUGCACUACGCUGCCAUGCACGGGCGGGUGGCGGCGCUGGAGGAGCUGCUGGCGCUCGGGGCGGACCUGGGGCAGAAAGACCUGCGGGGAGGCUACACGGGUGGGUGGCGGAGCCUGCCGCAAGGCUGGACGACGCCGCUCCACAUUGCGGCCCGCAGCGGCCGCGCCGACAUCAUCGACCGCCUGCUGCGCUGCCCCCAGAUUGCGGCCACCUGCCGCACCAAGGACGGCAGCACGGCGCUGCACUACGGCGCCGCGUUUGGGCAGACGCACGUGCUCGCGCCGCUGGUGGCGGCAGGCUGCCCUGUGGACAGCCGCGACAAUGCGCUCAACACGCCGCUGCACCUGGCUGCCGGUGAGCACAGCGUGUGUGUUGGUCGUGGUGGGGAGCCAUGCUGUGCUGCGGCGGCUGCACCGAGGCGCCCACACCCCGGCUGCCCACGUGGCAUGCUGAGGUGGACGUGUCUGACCUGGCGUGCCUGCAGGGUGCGGAUUCCUGGACACCGUGGCCGCACUGGUAGAGCUAGGGGCGGAUGUGAACUGCCGGGAUGUGACGGACUGCACGCCGCUGCAGGUGCAGCUGGGCCGCCUCGCUGUCGGGGUGGUGCUAGUGGCCUUGGCGUGUGGCGCCAGAUGUGCUGUGCCGCUGCGUGA